AUGACAAACUAUAAAACCAUCGAACUCGAGGCUGGAGUAUUUCCAUUUGCAAUAAAUGAUAAUCUCAUCGAGAAUUGGCAAACAGCGAUAAAUAAAUCAAUUCCUUUGUUUUUACAUGAUUUUGGAUCUCACAAAGUAUUUGCUAUUAAUUUGUAUAAUAAAGGGUUUAUAACUAAAAGUCAGACAACAAACACAAAUUUCAUCUCCAGUUUCCUGGAAAAUUUUCUAAAUUAUUUUCAAUAUAAAAAACCAAAUAAAAAAGACAAUAUUCGUUCUUAUUACUUAAAAUUGCCCAACUUUCCAAAAAAUAUAUCAGAAAUGAUUACUAUUCGAUGUUGGUUAGAACAUCUGUUUAAUUGUGGUUUUGAAUAUGCCGACUUUAAUAAAAUUGUAUUUAAUCCAGAAUUAAUUAAUUUAUUAUUUGAUAACGACAAAACAAUUCCUUUACAAUUUAAUAUUCAAAAACUGUCUCUAAAUGCCAACAAUAAUAUAAUUGAAAAUAUUUCCAAAUUCAUUAUAAAUCAUUUAACAAUUUCCGAAUCUCUCAAAAUCGCUUUUGAUGAGUAUAACAUUUCAGAGAAAUAUAUAGAUAUUUUAUUUAAUAUUUUAAUAAAUGAAGGCAAUAAAUUAUUUCAAGUUUGUAUCAAUAGUUUCAGAAGUUAUAGUUUGUCAGAGCUUUAUGAUCGUCUUUUUGAAGUAUGUUAUCUAUUACAGAUAUGCUAG